AGCCUCCCUUGGAUCCUGGGAACUCCCCUGGAUCUCCAGCUGCCUGUUGGAAAACUGCAAUAUAAACUGUUUCCCGAUGGAGGUGUUCAUUUUACUGCUGAAUUUAGAAUUUUACCACUGAUUUUGGACCAAAAAAACGUUCAUCCAUCACGUUCCAGAUGCAUUUUUUGGCCUGACUGGGUUUUUAGGGAUAUCCUGGUACCUUUAGAGGAUUCUCUUAAACAUCAGGUGUGUGGCCACUCCUGAUUUUUUAUGCUUUUGUACAGAAUCAAUAUAAGUUGGAAAAGCCCUCCAAGCUCUGUCCAAGUCACUCCUUGGACACCUCCAGGGCUGGGCACUCCAAACCAGCCAAAAAAAUAAAUACCAAAAAUCCAGCAACUUUUGUCUUUGUGCAAAUCCAUUCAUUCCAGGGCCGAUUUUCCCUACCCUAGGCAGGGCUGCCUCUCAUCUUUGUGUAACCAUCAAUGCUGAACCACCAACCCCACAAAACCAAACAAAUAAUUGGGGUAAAAACCCCAAAAUUGCAGAGAUGCUGAAACCCCUCCAGGAGCGGAGGUGGAGCCAGGAUUACUCAUCCCUUGCCAUAACGGGCUGCCGGGACAUCUGGCGGCUGCGAUUGCCGCCGUUCCCAUCGGUGACACCGGGAGGCGACACCGGGAGGUGACACCGCGCUGCCCGCUGGGCGUGGCCACACAAAGGGGGCGUGGCUUUCCGCGCGUUCGCGCCCCGCAUCAGCUUGUCCCACGCCGGCCGCCGUCGCGCCCCGCCCGCCAUAUUGUGCCCGGCGCAGGCGGAGCGGCGGCCGGCGAUGGUGGUGGGGGCUGAGCCCAGCCCGCAGUGAGCAGCCAGGACCCCCCUGAGCCCCGGGCAUGGCCGGGGGACGCCGGGGUCCCAACAGGAGCUCCUACUGCCGGAACCCGCUGUGCGAGCCCGGGGCUGCCGGGGCCGCCGGGCACUCCUCGGGCUCCUCGGUCACCGGCGUGCGCUCCCGCACCAGGAGUGGCUCGGGCACAGGCCUGUCCAGCCCCCCUCUGGCAGCCCAGACCGUCGUCCCCCUGCGGCACUGCAAGAUCCCCGAGCUGCCCGUGGAGAGGAGCGUCCUGUUCGAGCUGCAGCUCUUCUUCUGCCACCUCGUCGCCCUCUUCGUCCACUACAUCAACAUCUACAAGACAGUGUGGUGGUACCCUCCCUCCCACCCUCCCUCCCACACCUCCCUGAACUUUCACCUCAUUGACUUCAACGUGCUGACGGUGACAACCAUCGUCCUGGCACGGCGCCUCAUCGGUGCUGUCGUCAAGGAGGCCUCCCAGAGUGGCAAGGUGUCCCUGCCACGCUCCAUCCUGCUGGUGCUCACUCGCUUCGCCGUGCUCACGGGCACGGGCUGGAGUUUGUGUCGCUCCAUCAUCCACCUCUUCAGGACCUACUCCUUCCUCAACCUCCUGUUCCUGUGCUACCCGUUUGGGAUGUACAUCCCCUUCCUCCAGCUGAACUGUGACUUUCGCAAGGCCGGGCUCUUCACCCAGGUCACCAACAUCGGCCCCAGGGACACGGGGGAGGUGACAGCCCGGGGCAGGGACUACCUGACAGUGCUCAAGGAGACCUGGAAGCAGCACACGAGGCAGAUGUACGGCAUGGAGGCCAUGCCCAGCCACGCCUGCUGCCUGUCCCCGGACCUGAUCCGCAACGAGGUGGAGUUCCUGAAGAUGGACUUCAACUGGCGCAUGAAGGAGGUGCUGGUGAGCUCCAUGCUCAGUGCCUACUACGUGGCCUUCGUGCCUGUGUGGUUUGUCAAGAACACACAGUACUACGACAAGCGCUGGUCCUGCGAGCUCUUCCUGCUGGUUUCCAUCAGCACCUCGGUGAUCCUCAUGCAGUACCUGCUGCCUGCCCGCUACUGUGACCUGCUCCACAAGGCUGCAGCACACCUGGGCUGCUGGCAGAAGGUGGAUCCUGCCCUCUGCUCCAACGUGCUGCAGCACCAGUGGACUGAGGAGUGCAUGUGGCCUCAGGGGGUGCUGGUGAAGCACAGCAAGAACGUCUACAAGGCCGUGGGUCACUACAACGUGGCCGUGCCCUCGGACGUGUCGCACUUCCGAUUCCACUUCUUUUUCAGCAAACCACUGCGAAUCCUCAACAUCCUGAUCCUGCUGGAAGGGGCUGUCAUCUUCUACCAGCUCUACUCGCUCAUUUCCUCCGAGAAGUGGCACCAGACGAUCUCGCUGGCUCUGAUCCUCUUCAGCAAUUACUACGCCUUCUUCAAGCUGCUGCGGGACCGCCUGGUGCUGGGCAAAGCCUACUCCUAUGCUGCCAGCAGGGACUCAGAGCAGAAGUUAAAUUAAAACAAUUGCACUGAUGCUCUCUCUCAGCCUAUUACAGAACAAACAAAAAACGAGAAACCCUCAGAGCUUUGUAUUUUUGUUACCACUGCUUUUUUUUUGUUGUUGUUGUCGUUUUCUUUGAUAACUGAUGUAAUUAAAAGGAAGAAAAAAAAAAACAUAUUUUUUUA